AUGCUCUGCUCAGCCCAGACCGGAAAAUCCGGUCUGAACUGGCUCGACCGUCUCCGCUCCAGCAAGGGCAUCCCCACCGGCGACGAACCCGACCUCGAUUCCUUCCUCCUCACGGCCCAUCCCCAGUCCCCCCAGGCCCGCCGCAAUGACCCACCCCGGAACCCUCCCUCUGCCGCCCGAGAUGAGCCCAAGCCCAUGACCGCCCUCCUCGCUGAGCUCUUCUGCAUGGGCGCCACUCUCACCAAAACCAACAAAAAGUGUCCCAGGAAACAGACCAACCCUAAAAUCUUCCUCGCCUCCUCCGCGGCCAACUCCUCCAUCCCCGCCGUCUCCGCCACUGCCGCCACCGCCCCCGUCGCACCUUCCAGUGGUGACGCGGUGGUGCCGGAAGUGGAAGAGGAGCCAGCCGGGGAUCGCGGCAACGAGGAGGAGGGGAACGAGUUGAAGGGUUUCACGAAAAGUGAGGUGACCGUGAUCGACACUAGUUGCUCCGGGUGGAAGGUGGACAAGUUCGUUUUCAGGAAAAAUAACAUUUGGAAAGUCAGAGAGAGGAAACCUAAGAACAAGUUUCUCGCUAAGAGGAAGAGUAAUUCCACUCUCCCGACUCGUGACGUUGAUGUCAACGCAAUUGACACCUCCAAGGACAACGUAAUCAACAUGAGAGGAGAGAAGCCUAUAAAGACACACAGGGUUAUCUAA